AGAACUGCAUCUUCACUCAUCAGCCACGAGAGGACCCGAGGUCGCACUAGGGGUCCCCAAGAGCCUCUGCCUCUGCAAACAGUCGCUGAGCUCCGCACAGCACCGCUUCCACGCUGCCCGCCUUCUGCAACCGCCCCGGCCACCACCUUACCUACCCUGCCGGCACCCCAUUUCCCCGUGGCUUGCAGAGGAUGCUCUAGCCCCUCCAGGGGUGUCCAGGGCAGCAGUGAGGAGCGUCUCCGUUCCCCAUCCUAUCAAGUUCCACAGAUGCCAGCUUCUCCCCCAGGAGGACGAGCAUGGUGGUCUCCCUCCCGAGCCCCCUGGUUUGCGACGACUAAGAAGAUGCUUGCCAUGAGGUUUUUCACUUGCUUCUUACAGCUUCUGGCUGGGCUGGCUCUGCCCCAACAGGUGUCGACACUGUCUGCUGGGAACAGCUCAUCCGAAGUGGUUCCCUUCCAAGAAGUGUGGAGCCGAAGCUACUGCCAGGCGAUGGAGAAGCUGGUGGACGUGGCGGGGGAAUUCCCUGACGUGGUGGAGUACAUCUUCAGCCCAUCCUGCGUGCCCUUGCAGCGCUGCACAGGCUGCUGUGGUGAUGAAAGCCUGAGCUGCCUGCCUGUGACCAAGAAAAACAUCACCAUGCAGCUGCUGAGGUUCCGGUCUGGGGAACAGCCUUCAUACGUGGAGAUGACCUUCACCCAGCAUGCCAGCUGUGAAUGCAGGAGGAGAACCAAGGUCAGAGGGAAGAGGAAGAGAGAAAAGCUGAGACCCACAGAAUGUCACCUAUGUGGCAAGACUGUUCCUGAGAGGUAACCGGCCCCCGGAGGAGACCCUGCCCCGGCCCGAGUAUUUAUUACCGUCACACUCAGUUACUCCCUGCCGCCACCUGCCUCUAUUUAUUAGCCAAUUGUACCCUGCUGACAGGCCCGCUCCUCCCAGGGACGGCCAGGGAGGGCCAGACCCUCAGGAAUCCAGUGCCUUACACACUACAUGAGAGAAGACGGCGGGUGCCAACAAAAUGUGCCCUUUGGCUUGGCAUGAAGCCGGACUUGUGGCUUGUUGAGGUUGCAAGCCAGGACCCCAUGGCCUUGGUGGUCUCCAGGAACCUGGAGAGAACAGGAGAGGGGGACAUUUGCUUUGGAGCUCCUGGACAAUGGGGUUGGUGGAUGGAGACAUCUGCUCUGACCAUCAGCUCCCAGUUGGGCAAAGGACAGGUAGGGGCACAGUCUGGCAUCACCCGCUCCUGGCAGCAGCUCUGUGCCCUGGAGACCAGAGUGUUCAGCUCCGGAGAACAGUGGUUGCCCAGGGCCUACUGCUGUUCCUUCCUGAUCCCCUCAGCCCCUCUCAUCGCUUGCCAUGGUUUUCUGUGGCCAAGGCAUCCCCGCCACCCUCUCAGGGACACGGGCAGAAAAGUGGCCCACGUGGACAGGAGCAGCCCCAAGGCAGGGACUGCCCAGCCAAAUUCUCUUGAAUAAAGUAUUCUAGUCUGUAA